AUGACACAUGAAAUCUACAAUUCAAGCUUGGAGGAGCUUUCACAACUUGAGGCAAAGCAUAAACUCAAAACAUUCGACAGUCAAGUUGCCUGGGAGUUGGGUGUCUUGGGUCGUCAAUUGUGUCAAGUCUUGUACCCCAACAAGGGAAUUGUAAUUGACAUAACCUUAACAAGUGGGCAAACUUUAUUCCAUUCGGUAGUGUCUUCAGGUACUGCAGUUGAUAAUGACAACUGGGUGAAGAGAAAGUACAAUACAGUAUUCAGGUUUGGUAAAUCGAGCUUUUUUAUCGGACAGAAACUUAGGCAAAAGGGGAAAUCCAUUGAAGAAGCCAUGUUUGUAUCUUCGAAAGAAUUUGCUUCUCAUGGUGGUAGUAUUCCUUUGUGUCUCGAGUCAAGUGAGUUUUUAAUUGGAGCUUUGACUAUCAGUGGAUUAGCUCAAGAAGAGGACCAUUUACUUGCUUUGGACAUCUUGGAAAAGUACACUAGUAAGUGA